AUAUUUCAUACGAAAAUUUUGAACGCAUUUUAUGAUCAAAUAGUUUAACACUUAAUUGGUGUCAAUUGAUCCACAAUUGAUCCACAAUUUAUCACUCAUUUGAUGACUAAUUGGUUUUGAAUUGAAUUUAUGGUUAACUAUUAAACAUUUUUAAAAACGAUUAUUAAAAAUAGUGACUAAAAAUGUCCGUCAAAAGUGGCCAAUUGACCGAUAAUAGCACAUUCAAAUUUCUUGAGCUGAAGAAGUUUCAGUUAUCGGUUGCCAUUACAGAUGGUCUCAAAUGUUUGUCAGUGGAUAACAAUUUACAACAAGUUUUUGUCGCCAAUGAUACCAAUUUGUCUGUCAUAUCGUUUGACACAUUGUUAUCCUACGAGUGGAACAAAUCGGUGAUCAAUGAGUUAUGCCAAGAGUUUGCAUAUUUUUCUAUACCGCUAAUCAUUCGUCCAAAUCUUAUAUCUGUGUCGUCCAAUGGUUUUGGCAAUAAGAUAGUUAUUUGCGGAACUGAUGGCCAAAACGAGUCACCGAUUGUUUUGUUUUAUGGUUUGAGUGAUAUUUACAAAAACCAAAAUAAGAGCUUACCAUACGGUCGAAUCAAUUUAAUUAAUGCCAACGGAUUAGUUACAGACAUUGUAUGGCAUCCAGAAUAUAGUGACAGUCUGUUUGCUUGUUGUGUUAGCGAUGGUUCAGUGUUUACUUCAAUGAAUGAUAUCGACUCAAAAACAUCUGCUAUUUUGACCGAUAAGUUGAUCGACAACUCCGGUAAACAACCAAAAGUAUUGUCUCUUUGUUGGUCACCGAAAGGCAAACAAUUAGUUGUUGGACUGGAAAAGGGUUUAUUUUUUCAGUACAAACUGACGCCUGAAUAUCAAUUAGUUUUUGUCAAGAAAACUGCUCUUAUAAAUAGUCUAAAUGAACACAAUGUGAUUGCAAUCAAAUGGAUUAUAUCGUCACUAUUUGCCGUUUAUGUGGCCAAAGACAAUGAUGUCGAUAAAGAUCCACAUUUGUUGUUAGUAUCGACUCCAUCGAAGUCGGAACCAAUAUUUAUAGACUUUGGAGCCGUUUGUUAUGACAAUUUGGAUUUCGAAGAUUCCUAUUGUGUCAAUCUUUUUCAAUUUAAUAAUAUUAUUCUCUGUUCGACAUCAAUGUCUUCUGAAGUGACUAUUAUUGGAUGUAAUGUUGAUAAAGAUCUAGCAGUUCCUGAUAAUUGGUCGCAAUGGACAUUAGAUGACAGUUCUCGUAUUGAGCUUCCAAUUGAUAAUGAAGGCAAUGAAACAUAUUUUAAAGGAAUGGUUGUUUCAAAGGGAACUCAAAAUAUUUAUAAAAUAAGCGCAACUGAAACGUAUGGCGGUAUCAACUGUCCCAUACUAUUCGUGUAUAACACUAGUGGUAUUCUUGUGCCAUAUUUGAUGAUUGAUAAAACAGGUCACAUAAAAUCACCCGUUUUGCCCAAUAUUGUUAAACCUACUAAUCUUCAAAACAAACCAUCACUUAUAUCUUCUCCAUUACAACAAUUAAGUACCGGUAAUAAGCCUACAGCGACCAGUACUCCGAUAGUUGGUUCAAAACUUUUACCACAAACUAAGUCAACUUCAUUAACAUUUGAAGAUAAUUCUAAUAAUGUUUUAAAAGCUAUUACUGGUCCAAAACAAUUGCCAUCUUAUGAGACCAAACAAAAUACAACUAUUUUUAAGUCUCAAACUCUCGAAUCAAAUAUUAAACAAAGUUCACAACAAACGGUUACCAACAAUAGGGAACUGAAAACCACACAAACCAUUAAUAGGGUUAUUCAUACUGAAGACACAACUAAAUCAACAAACGAGUUAUAUAUGAGUGAAAUUAAACAACAAAUUAAUAAUUUUCGACAAUUAAUGUCAGAAACAAAGAACAAAAUUUCUCAAAUGAAUGUAAAAAUUGGAGAAAAGGAACAACAAAUGAAACUAAGAAACGAUACAAAACUUAUAGUUGAUGUCCUCAAUGAAGUUAAAGUCAAUUUUAAAGAUUGUUCUAAAGAUACAACAACUUUGCACUCAAGUCUUAUUGAGUCGUUUUCUCUGAUAGAAGAAGCAAAGUCUAUAAUAGAUAGAAAUGUUGAUCCAAACUAUAGAAAUCUUCUUAAACAAAGAGCAUUGGAUCCGAUGACAGCGCGUAGAAUGAAAGAAAUUCAUUCACUCAAUGAAUACAUUGAAAUCCAAUUGAGAGAAUUGGAUGCAAAGUUUGAACAGGAAUGGUAUGAAUGGCUCGAUAAAAGAAAAGUUAGUAAAGGAAAGCCUACAAAUCGUAUUCAUUCAAAGAGCAAUUUGGAACUCAUAUACAAAACAUUAGCCAACAAUCAACUGGUUAUUAAUGCAUUAAAUCUACAGUUCGAUACAUUAGAAAGUUUAGGAUCACCGCGACUCAGAUCGAAAGGCCGGUCAUCUAAAGAUCAAUCACCGAAUAAAUCAAAUCAGAAAUUGAUUGAAAAUUUGUCGCAUUCUAUGAGCAAAACAACAAUAAAAGACAUUCCGACUGACGAUUUAGCCAAUCAAAGACUUUUUAAAUUGAAAUCUAUUUCCAAUGAAAAGAAAACUAAUUUAAGAAAUUUUUUUGAAAGUCGAACUAAAGUUCCCGUCAGAAGAGUAAUUGAUAAUUCAUCGCAUUUUGUUUCUGCCAUUCAAAAGAUUAAAGAAAAACAAAAAGAUAUUGAAUUAUCAAAGAAAUUAAAGAAUUCAUCAAAAAGUGAUUCAAUUAUUGUUAACAAGACUACUGAAGAACAACCAAAACAAAAGACACAAACAUUAAAAUCAUUGGAUAAUAAAGUGAUAAUAACUCCGACAGUAAUUAAGACCCAAAACGUCGACAAACCGAUUAAUAAAUCUUUAGAAAAUCAGACAAACAAACAAAAAUCAAAUCUAAAUAUAAACCCAAUAUCUAUUUCUUUGGAUACAAACAAAAUUAUUUCGUCUAAACCAUUAUUGCAGACCAAUAAUGGAGACAAACCUAAGGAUAUAUUUCAACCAUUCGAUGAUAAACCUAAAGAUGUAUUUCAGUCAUUCGUUGAUAAACCUAAAGAGUUAUUUCAACCAUUCGCUGACAAACCUAAAGAUGUAUUUCAACCGUUCGCUGAUAAACCUAAAGAACUAUUUCAGUCAUUUACAGACAAACCAUUGGCAUUCAGUUUGAAUCCGACGAAAGUAUCUAAUAUUUCUUCAAAUACUACUCCUAUAACAACUACAUCCACCAAACCAUUGGAUAAUAAGGUGACUACAACUCCGACGAUAAUUAUGACUAAAACUGUCGACAAAACGAUUAAUAAAUCUCCAGAAAAUGAGUCAAUAAAUAAAGAAAAAUCUGAUUUUAAUCUGAACUCAUUAUCCAUGUCUUUGGAUGCAAACAAAAUUAUUUCUUCAAAACCAUUAUUACAGACAACUAAUAAUGCAAACAAAUCUACGGAUGUAUUUCAGACAUUUACAGACAAACCGUUGUCAUUCAGUUUGAAUUCGACGAAAAUAUCAAGUAUUCCAUCGAAUACUACUCCUAUGACAUCAACCUCUAAAUCUAUGCCUAUAUUAUCGGCACUUAUUACAGGAGAUUCUACUCCCAACUCAUUAUCUGAUUUGUCAUUUGGUAAAAAAGGUGAGACAACYACACAAAGUGUGCCGACUGUCACCACAACGAGUAAUAUUGGGAAAAGUGUUAGCUUUGGUAAUACAACAAUCAUUAAUCCUAAUGAAACAAUUAAUGAAGAAGAGAGUCAUAAAUUGGAUAUAAUUGCAGAAGUGUCUGAAACGAAUGAAAUUUCUUCGACCACAAGCACUCCAUUCACUAGUUUUAAAGGAUUUGGUGGAACUAAUUCUUCAGAUUUACCAUUAUCUAAGUUUUCGAGUCCACAGCAAUCAGCUCAACCAAUGUUUGGUAGUUUGCCAUCAUUUGGGACCCAAUCUCCAGCUCCAACUUUUGGUGGUUCGCCCGCAUUCAACAGUAAUACAACUUUUGGCGGUUCACCUACUUUUGGUGGCAAUCCUGCAUUUGGUGGUAAUUCUACUUUUGGUAGUAGUCCUACGUUUGCUGGUAAUCCUACUUUUGGUGGGUCUCCUACUUUUGGUAAUUCACCGCAACAAUCGGUUUUUGGCAGUGCACCGACAUUUGGCGGUCAACCGUCUAUUGGAUCUGCGUUUUCAAAUCAAUCAACAUUUGGAUCUACUUCUGGAUUUGCUUCGGCAGCCAAUAGUAGCUUAACGUUUGGAGCGCUCGCAUCGGGUACUCAACAACAACAACAGCCAACACAACAGACCUCUCCAUUUAGUUCUGGUUUUACCGGUUUUAGCGGUAAUUCAGAUUCGUUUUCAUUUACACAGAGAAGAAAAUAA